AUGUCUGGACAGAAGGAUACACCUGCGAAGUCAAGGCUGACCUUCUUGGGGUUCUUCAAGGAGAUUUUCAACUGGUAUCCUUCUCAUUAUCCUUCGGAAGAAAGAAAGUUCCUGAAAUUGCUACAAGCUUACAAGGGGUUUGCAGAUCAAACGAAUAUCAGCAAUGCCUACGUGAGCGGCCUCAAGGAGGACUUCGCCCUAUACGGCAACGAACUCAAUUAUUUUAAUGUCUGUUACUUCACGGCCUAUGUCGUUUUUCAGGUCCCAGGACUGCUUUUGAUGUCACGUCCCAAGCUAGCUCGCUGGCUGCUUCCUACUCUUGAAAUUCUCUGGGGUAUUUGCACCUUCGCUCAAAGUCGCGUUACAAACGUUCAUCAAUUGUAUGCCUUGAGAUUUUUGGUCGGAAUGUUGGAAGCUCCUGUCUUUGCAGGAACUCAUUUUAUCCUUGGCUCUUGGUAUUCCGGACCUGAGCUUUUCAAGCGCGCAGGUACUUGGUUCAUAUGUAACCCACUUGGCAGCAUGGUUAGUGGAUAUCUUCAAUCGGCCGCGUAUACGAAUCUCUCGGGCGUUGGAGGUAUGCCGGGUUGGAGAUGGCUUUUCAUUAUCGACGGCAUUUUCACUAUCCCAGUUGCUAUUAUUGGGUUCAUUAUCUUUCCCGGCAUCCCAGACUCGCCUCGACCAUUCUAUUUGACCGAAAGCGAUAUUGAAUUAGCCAAGGAGCGAGGGCGUAAGGCAGGUAUUCGUCGUCCUGGUAAAAUGAAUCUUGAUGUGUUCAAGCGAUCUCUUAAGAGGUGGCACAUUUGGGUAUUUAUUACAUGUUAUGCGUGA